AUACGUAUUUUAUAUUAAAUUACAGAUGCGAGGAGCUAAUAUUCCAAUUCAGUUGUGAAGGGCGACCAGAUUUAUAUCUCUGAACGAUGGCGUACUUUCGUUACUUCUAUGGUAGUAUUCGGUUUCAAAACAGUGUAAAUGUAGGUGUAGGCUGAAGGGUGGUAUGGUGUAGGGCCUGGUGGGUGGAGGUGCUUUAAGGAUAUCUUGUAGGUAUAGGAAUUAAGAAAAUGGCGAGGGAUGGCGACAAUUCUAAUGAAGUAUUUUCGAAUAUUAAUGAACGUCCUGUAGAUGAUAUUUCCCUUGAAUUUUUCUAUAAACCUCACACCAUAACUUUGCUUACUGUGUCAAUCGCUGCUGUAAUAUAUUCUGCAUUUACACGAGAUGAACAAGACAUGCAGAAUAACAUAAGAGCAGGGAUCUUGUGUGUUAUAUUCUUUUUCCUGAUAAUUUCCGUUUUGGCAUUCCCAAAUGGACCAUUUACAAGACCUCAUCCAGCUGUGUGGCGGAUGGUAUUUGGAAUGAGUGUGCUCUAUCUCCUUGCUCUACUGUUUAUAUUAUUUCAGAGUUACAAGACUGUAAAAUCAAUAAUUUUAUGGAUUGACCCUUCCUUAAAAGAUUUUCACAUAGACAUGGACAAGGAAUAUGGUGUUAAUUGCACGGAUGUAACAGUCGAGAGAAUAUGGAGUCACAUUGAUGUUUUUGCAGUGGGUCAUUAUUUCGGAUGGAUGUUCAAGGCUAUUCUUGUUAGACACCUUGGCAUUUUGUGGGCUAUUAGUGUUAUGUGGGAAUUUACUGAGAUAGCAUUUGCUCAUCUUCUACCAAACUUUAUUGAAUGCUGGUGGGAUGCUCUAAUAUUAGAUGUACUUGUGUGCAAUGGAUUGGGAAUUUGGUGUGGCUUGAAGAUUUGCAAGUAUCUGGAGAUGAGAGAGUAUAAAUGGGUUAGCAUAAGGGAUAUUCGAACAACUUCAGGGAAAAUAAAGCGUGCAGUUUUACAGUUCACACCUGGGAGUUGGAUGCAAGUUAGAUGGUUGGAUCCAUCUUGUACUUACAUGCGCUUCUUUGCUCUUUGCCAGCUUGUCAUUUUUUGGCAAGUCUCAGAGCUAAACACAUUUUUCCUUAAACACAUUUUUGAAAUGCCACCAUCCCACCCAAUUGUGGUUGUUCGACUUGUUCUUAUUGGUGUCUUUGUUGCACCGUCUGUUAGACAGUAUUAUAGUUACGUUACAAAUCCAUUGUGCAAACGUGUGGGAACACAGUGUUGGGUAUAUGGUGCUAUAAUGGUAACUGAGGCCAUUUUGUGCAUAAAGAAUGGCAAAGAACUGUUUGAACGCACACAGGCAUUCAAUAUUGUCUUGUGGCUUCUACUGCAGCUGCUAACUUCUAUACUUUGCGUAUAUGGCUGUGUUCUGUGGCAUCGCUACAUACAGAAGGAAGAUGAAAUGUCAAGAGAAUCAUCUCCUUGCAAAACACCAGAUUCUGGGUUUGUUGAUCAGAAGCCUCACACAGAUGGUAUGACAUCAGAAUUAAUAGGCACUACUACAAACUGUCCAAAGUUCCCAUGGGAUUUAAAGAGACGUGCUGUAGUAUCCCGUGAGUCUCAGACGCCUGACACACACAGUCGCGCUUCUUUGUGAAUUAACAGAUCGUCUGUGUUAUAAACGGUGUGUGUCAGGUUUGUGGAGCCAAUUCCACAUGUGUGUGUUGUAGAUACAUUAGAAUACAGAAUGUUAAAUGCAGGUGAAUAUUUUUCUGAUGUCUGUAAAUUUGUGCAAUUUUGUAGAUUAUUUAUUAGACUUGAUGUAUAGUUCCUUAAUGUUGCUGUUGAAGUGUAGGAAAUGUCUUCAGUCAGAGUUUCUGCCUAGGAGUUUGAAAUGCAAUUGGGAUAUACCUUUUAGAAAAUUGUUUUGAUCUCAUUUGUUUUCCUUGUAUUUCAUGAAUUAUAUUUGUAUGUAAUCCAUAAUGUUGAUAACAACACACUGAGUCAGAAUUAUCAAAAGUUUUAUGGUUGACACAUUAUAAUAUGUUAACAUGCUACAUUUUUUCCAAUG